AUGCGCUCCCUCGUGCUUGCGCUGGCAGGUGCUGCUACGACGGCCCUUGCGCAGUCAUUCGACUUCACAACGCUCGAGCCUAGCGAGGACCUGGAGUGGACGCCCUGCCUCGAGAUCUAUGAGUGUGCGCGCCUCGAGAUGCCCCUCGACUGGACCAAUGAGAGUGAUUCGCGCACCGUGGCCAUCGCCAUGAUGAAGCUGCCCGCCGUCGUGGACGUGGACGACCCUGCCUGGGCGGGCCCCAUCUUCACCAACCCGGGCGGUCCUGGGCACUCGGGUGUCGACUUUGUGCUGAGCUCGUCUGCGCGCCUCCAGGCGGCUGUGGACAAGCCUGGCGAGAAGCACUACGAGAUCGUCUCCUUUGACCCUAGGGGCAUUGCGAGCUCGACACCUACAGUCGACUGCUUCGGCUCGCUGCUGGAGCGUGACGCUUUCUUCCUCGAGCUGCGUGGCAGUCAGGGUCUUGUCGCGGGUGAGAGGGCCAUCAAGUACGAUCUGGCCCUAUUCGAGGGCAUGGGCAAGUUGUGCCAGUCCAAGUAUGACAACGGUCUCGAAAUCUUCCCCUAUAUCGGCACUGCCAGCGUGGUUGAAGACAUGGUGCGCAUGGUCGACAAGUCGGACGAAUGGCGCCAGUCCCAGCAGAAGAAGCGUGGCCUGGAGGUUCGCGAGACCGAGGAGAAGCCUCGUCUCAAGUUCAUGGGGUUCUCCUACGGCACCGUCCUCGCGCAGUUCUUUGCCAGCAUCCACCCGGAGCGUGUUGGUCGUGUCCUCGCCGACGGCGUCGUCAACGUGCACGACUACGCCACUGGCCCUGGCUGGUUGACGGCUGGCCUGGACACGGAUUCUGUGUUUGAUCACUUUGUCGACCUCUGCUGGGAGGCCGAGGACAGGUGUCGCCUGUACCGAUCGGACUCAUCUGCCGACGACAUGAAGAAGACGCUCCGUGACCUGAUUGCCCGUCUGGACGUCGAUCCUAUGGGCGCGCUGGCCCCCGACGGCAAGCGUGUCGUCGUCCGCGGCGACGACUUCCGCGAGGCGUUUGGCGUGUACUCAUACAACGGCAUCACAGGAUUUGCCAGUCUCGCCGUCGUCUUUGACGCCGCACUCCAGGGUGACUUUUCGUAUCUGAUCACCUUCCUCAAGACCGUCCGCACGAUCCCUACCGUCGAGGAUGGCUGCCCCAACGAGAACGGCACCAAGCUCGUCCUGUCGCCUCCCGAGAAUCUCUACAGUGUCAUGUGCCUCGACGGCUCCGACGUGCGCGGCAAGGACAGCGACUACUGGGUCGACUAUGUCAACGACAUGAAGGACGUGUCCGAGAUCUACGGCGCCACGCUGGCCCUCAUCCGGUUUGGCUGCUCGCAUUGGCCGUUCCGCGCGGAGAACCGCUUUGACGGUCCCUUUAAGACGCCCAAGGCCGACAAGGAUGAUCCGAGCACGCCUGCUGCGCCUCUGAUGUUCAUGGGCAACCAGUACGACCCCGUGACGCCCAUCCGCAAUGCCGAGAACAUGGCCAAGGACCACCCCGGUGCCGGCGUCCUGAUCCAAGAGUCGACGGGCCACUGCGCGCUGCUGGUGGCGACGAGCAACUGCACGUCCCAGGCCGUGGCCGAGUACUUUGACACGGGCAAGGUGCCCGAGGACAUUCUGACGUGCGAGGAGUCGUGUCACCCGUGGGAUGCUGGCUGUGGCGUCAAUGGGCCCGGCACUGGGCCUGGCGCGGGCAACGGCACUGGCACUGCCGCGGUGGCCAAGAGGGGGGAGAUGGGCUUCAUGGAGAUGCUGCCCAGGGGUCACGGAUUCUUCAACAUCAGGUACUGA